UCAGGGCUCACCACCACCAGCGUCAACCGCCUCGCCGAAGCGAUCUCACCCCCAUCUCCGCCUUCCCUCCCGCCCCGCCCCCCACCAGCCGCCGCUCGCGAUGCAAUUCCUGAACGCCUCCGCCUCAGUCUCCUCGCCGGUCCAGCCGUCCGCGCACCUGCUCCGCCUCUCGCGGCCCCCGCCCUUCCCGCACCUCCGCCGCCGCUGCUCCCCGCCCAAACCCCUCGCCCUCACCCGCCGGCCGCCGCUCCCCCUCGCCUCGCGCCAGUCCCUGCUCUUUACCUCCCGCGCGCACGGCGGUCACGGCCACGGCCACGGCCAUAACCACCAUCACCAUCAUCACCACCACCACGGCCAUGACCACCACCACCACGGCCACGGCCACCACGGGGUCGACGUGCACGGGGGAGGCGGGGGCGCGGCGGUCAUGCGGGUGGCGCGGGCGAUCGGGUGGGCCGACGUCGCCGACGCGCUGCGGGAGCACCUUCAGGUCUGCUGCAUCUCCCUCGGCCUCCUCCUCGUCGCCGCCGCCUGCCCGCACGUCGCGCUGCUCAACUCCGUCGGGCGCCUGCCGGCCGCGCUCAUCGCCGUAGCCUUCCCUCUCGUCGGGGUGUCUGCAGCGCUUGAUGCUCUUGUAAAUAUUGCUGAUGGAAGAAUAAAUAUCCAUGUUCUAAUGGCUCUUGCUGCAUUUGCUUCUAUAUUUAUGGGAAACGCAUUGGAGGGUGGCCUGCUUCUUGCAAUGUUUAACUUGGCUCAUAUCGCUGAAGAGUAUUUUACAAGUAAGUCAAUGUUUGAUGUGAGGGAACUGAAGGAAAAUCAUCCUGAAUUUGCCCUGUUAUUAGAAACAAGUGGCGAAGAAUCUGUACAGUUUUCAAAUUUAAGUUACACCAAAGUUCCUGUGCAUGAUCUUGAAGUGGGUUCUCAUAUCUUGGUCAGAGCUGGCGAGGCUGUGCCUGUUGAUGGAGAAGUCUACCAAGGUUCAUCAACUGUCACAAUUGAACACCUAACUGGUGAAACAAAACCUCUAGAAAGGACAGUGGGAGAUGCCAUACCAGGCGGUGCCAGGAACUUGGAAGGAAUGAUGAUUGUAAAGGUGACCAAGUCAUGGGAGGAUUCAACACUCAACAGAAUUGUCCAGUUGACUGAAGAGGGCCAGCUAAUCAAGCCAAAGUUGCAAAGAUGGCUUGAUGAGUUUGGAGAGUACUAUAGCAGAGUUGUGGUGGCCCUUUCUUUGGCUGUUGUACUAUUGGGACCGUUACUCUUUAAGUGGCCCUUUUUUGGUAAUUCAGUUUGUAGGGGUUCAAUUUACCGUGGAUUAGGACUUAUGGUGGCUGCAUCUCCUUGUGCAUUGGCUGUAGCUCCAUUGGCAUAUGCAACUGCAAUCAGUUCUCUCGCUAGUAAGGGAAUUUUGUUGAAAGGUGGUCAUGUCUUAGAUGCUCUUUCAGCCUGUCAGUCUAUUGCUUUUGACAAGACAGGCACGUUAACAACUGGGAAGCUUACGUGCAAAGCAAUCGAGCCUAUCCAUGGACAUUUGGGUGUGACAAAUGGUCAUAAUGAUCCGUGUUGCACUCCAAACUGUGAAAGUGAAGCUCUAGCUGUUGCUGCAGCGAUGGAGAAAGGAACAACCCAUCCAAUUGGAAGGGCUGUUUUAGACCACUCUGUUGGAAAGGAGCUUCCAGCGGUUGCUGUAGAAAGUUUUGAAUGCUUACCUGGUAGGGGAGUUGCUGCAACUUUGAGUGGUGUAAAGGCUAGAAACAACGAAAAUGAGCUAUCUGAGGCGUCUAUUGGUUCUGUGGAUUAUAUUUCUUCACUAUACAGAUCUAAUGGUGAAUCAGAACAAAUAAAACAAGCAGUAAGAAGUUCUGCAUAUGGGCCUGAAUUUGUCCAAGCUGCUCUAUCUGUUGAUAAAAAGGUAACCCUUUUCCACUUUGAGGAUGAACCCCGUUCUGGUGUUUGUGAAGUUAUAUCUACCUUAAGAGAGAAGGCUAAACUCCGCAUCAUGAUGCUCACGGGAGACCAUGAAUCAAGCGCCCAGAGGGUUGCUAAAGCUGUUUGUAUUGAUGAAGUCCACUUCUCUUUAAAGCCAGAGGACAAAUUGAAUAAAGUAAAGGCAGUUUCAAGGGAGGGAGGUGGAGGUUUAAUAAUGGUCGGUGAUGGUAUAAAUGAUGCUCCAGCUCUUGCAGCUGCAACAGUCGGAAUGGUUCUAGCCCAACGUGCCAGUGCAACAGCAGUGGCUGUUGCAGAUGUUCUGUUGUUGCAGGAUAAUAUCUGUGGGGUGCCAUUCUGCAUUGCUAAGGCUCGCCAAACAACUUCACUGGUCAAACAAAGUGUGGCUCUGGCCUUAACAUGCAUUGUUUUUGCUGCGCUUCCUUCUGUCCUGGGAUUUCUUCCUCUUUGGUUGACGGUACUUCUUCAUGAAGGAGGAACCCUUCUAGUGUGCCUCAACUCAAUACGGGCCCUGAAUGCUCCGACAUGGUCCUUAGUAGACGACAUCCAGCAGCUCUUUGAUGGCCUAAGAAAUUAUUUCUCAUCCAAGUUCAAAAGCUCUUCAUCAAACUAUGUCACAAACACUGUUCCCUUGUAGAUACCAUGUACAGCAACGUUUAUCUUUUUUCCUUUUACCUUCUUUGUGUGGUACCGUCUGAAUUUGAAUUUAGAUGAGGGGUUCUAACCUAAUUUUUGUAGCCUGUACUCUUAUCUCCACCAUGUAAAGGAAGUAAUUUGGCUCCAUGUUGAGGUAAAAGUAAAAAACAGUGCCGAAAAUUGUCUGGCCCGUUUGUUAA